GGAUUUGAGCUGCAGAAAGAAAGGGCAGUUUCGAGGAAGUGACGGACGAGGCACAGGGGACUGGUCAGAGGAAGUUUGCUUGCUGGUGCUGCCGUGCUGCUGAACCAAACUUUUCCCCCUCGAGCGCCAGCGGCACCGUGGAUCGGGACGGACGGAUCCAGCGGCGGAGGGAGCCAAACCAGCGGUACUGAGGAAUAACUUGAAAUUGGGAGAAAGAAAGGAUCGCAGAGGAAUUUCACUCUUGCAACCACCCCCCCUCCUCUCCUUCUCUUCCCCGCGCCUCCUCCGGGUUUUUUUCUGGGAUCCGCGAUGGGGAAGGAGCAGGAGCUCCUCGAAGCGGCGCGCACGGGAAACCUGGCCGCUGUGGAAAAGCUUUUAUCCGGGAAGCGGCAAUCAGCUGGCACCGGGAGCGGGUCGUCUGGGACCGGUGGAAGUGGCAACAGCGGCGGCCACGGCGCCUCAUCUCAUCCGCUCUCCAGUCUGCUCAGUAUCUGGAGAGGCCCCAAUGUGAAUUGUGUGGACAGCACUGGAUACACCCCCCUCCACCACGCGGCCCUCAAUGGACACAGCGAGGUGGUGGAGGCGCUGCUACGAAACGAGGCCUUGACCAACAUCGCCGACAACAAGGGCUGCUACCCUCUCCAUCUGGCCGCGUGGAAGGGAGAUGAACACAUUGUAAAACUGCUCAUUCACCAAGGACCUUCCCACCCCAAACUCAACGAGCAGAGCUCUGUAGACCAUAAAGAGUUCAAACGCUGUGGGCCCUUUGACCCCUAUAUUAAUGCCAAGAACAAUGACAACGAGACGCCACUGCACUGUGCUGCCCAGUAUGGCCACUCCCAGGUGGUGCGGCUGCUGCUGGAGGAGUUGACGGACCCCACCAUGAGGAACAACAAGUUUGAGACCCCACUGGACCUGGCAGCACUGUAUGGCCGCUUGGAGGUAGUCAAGCUGCUGCUCAGUGCCCACCCCAACCUGCUCAGCUGUAACACCAAGAAACACACACCGCUGCAUCUAGCCUCUCGGAACGGACACCUGUCUGUGGUGGAGGUGCUGCUGGAUGCCGGCAUGGACAUCAACUAUGAGACGGAGAAAGGCAGUGCCCUCCAUGAAGCAGCCUUGUUUGGGAAGGCAGAUGUGGUACAGAAACUUCUCAGUGCAGGUAUCGAUGUGAACAUCGUUGACCAGAAGGGCCUGACAGCGCUGGACACUGUCAAGGACAUGCCUUCUCAGAAGAGCAGAGAGAUAGUUGCUCUCAUCCUAGGUCACAUGACUGGAAAACCCCCUGACAUAGACCUUCCCCCUCCACCAGUCCCUCCACCUCAGGAGAGCCCCAGCCCACGGAAAAAGGGUGAUCUGGAGAAGGUGAGUGAGUUGAUUUCAGGACUGGCCCCGGGACCCGAGGAGGAGAGCCCAUAUGAGGCUCUCUUUGAAGCCACCUCUUGCCACUCUCUGGACAGCCUCACCAGCGGCAAGUCCUCUGACAGAGACUCUGGACGGCCGGAUAGUGAAGCUGGCAAGAAGGAACGCUUGGUCCACUCAUCGCAUCCUGGUCCUGGCCAUGAAGAAGAGGUGAGCUCAGAGGCCCUCUAUACUAAUAGCAGUUUUGAUGAGAGAGGUGAACCAGAGGAAGAGGAUCACACAUAUGAGUUGUUGCUGACUGCACAGACCAAAGUCCCACCGCCCAGUCAGGAGUUCCAGUCACAUAAAGAUCAGAAUACCACUAUACAGUCUUCCAACAGUGUCCUACCUCAGCGUAAACCCACUGCCCCAAAUGACCUCAGAGCCCCAAGCAAGACAAGAGACACUCUGCAACCUCCUGGGCGGGUGGGCCCACGGGCAUCGGGAGAUAACUCCCAGCUCAGCCAGGACCAGGGAGCAGGUGUCCCGGAGCAGUUCACUGGCCUCCUGCACGGAUCUUCUCCCGUCUUCGACUGCCGCGAGGAGCCCUUCAGGAUUCCAGGUGUUCUGCCACCCACCCAGGGCCAGCCAGAGUCAAGAAAAUCCUCCAAAUCAAAAGAGGAAGUAGCAGCAGCUGCAUCGCCACCUAGCCGUCCCAGUAUGGCUGCCAUCCUGACAGACUGCGACCCAAAAGCAAUUUAUGCCACUGUGAACAAGGACCACAGGGACUCCGGGGCUGGGGCAGUGUCUUCCGUUAGGAUGCGCCCUCCCGGGGACCUGAAACUGGCACGCAGUCUCUCCAAGUCAGACUCAGACUUGCUUGUGUCGCCUCCUAGCGAGGAGGAAGGAGGACUGGGAAACCGUAGCGAGUCUGUUUCUAACUGUAGCACUGGCAAGAAGAGGCUCGAGAAAUCUCCGUCUUUCACCUCAGAAUGGGACGAGCAGCCACCGACGACCUCUCCCACCACAAAACAACGAAGAUCUAAUUCCUUUGACAGCAUCGAGAAGAUCAUGACACUGAUUGGCGCUGGCAUCGAUUUUUCCAGAGAUCAGCAAUAUGCUACACCAGGUGCUGCAGGCCGACUGCUGGACCAGCCUGUGGGAGACUGGCUAGAGCACGUGGGGCUGCCGCAGUACGAGAGCAAGCUGCUCCUCAACGGUUUCGACGACCUGCACUACAUGGGGAGCAAUGUAAUGGAGGACCAGGACUUGAGAGAGAUUGGGAUCACAGACCCAAGCCACAGGAAGAAGAUCCUGCACGCUGCACGUUCGUUGCCUAAGGUGAAAGCGCUGGGCUGUGAUGGCAGCAGUUCUCUGUCCUCCUGGCUGGAGAAUCUGGGACUGCAUGAGUACUUGCACAACUUCCUGGCCAGCGGCUACAACACUCUAGAUUGCGUCAAAAACCUGUGGGAACUGGAGAUCGUCAACGUGCUAAAGAUUACCCUGCUUGGUCACAGGAAACGCAUCAUUGCUUCCUUAGCAGAGAGACCUUACGAAGAGCCUCCAGUCAAGCCUCCUCGUUUGUCUCAGAUCAGGUGCCAAGACCUUCCUGGAUCCCAGACCUCAUCUCCUCUCAGUCAGAUGGAGUCCUACACAGGACGCUCGAUGGACCCCCUGCUGCCUGUAGGAGAGCCAGGGAGGAAAAAAGUGCCAAAUACCGACUACGACGUUACCCAAAGAUAUCGCAGUGAACGACACAGAACUCAUGAACGGUAUGAAGAACGGUAUCAAGAGCCUCGUCUGACUCUGCGGCCACCCAGUCUGGCAGCACCGUAUGCCCCGGUCCAGAACUGGCACCACCAACCUGAGAAGCUCAUCUUUGAAUCCUGUGCUUACGAAGCAAAUUACCUCGGUUCAAUGCUUAUUAAGGAUCUGCGGGGUACUGAGUCCACGCAGGACGCUUGUGCCAAAAUGCGGAGGUCGACAGAACAAAUGAGAAAAGUCCCGACCAUCGUCCUCUCGAUCACCUACAAGGGUGUGAAGUUCAUCGAUGCAGCCAAUAAGAACAUCAUCGCAGAGCAUGAGAUCCGAAACAUUUCGUGUGCAGCCCAGGACCCAGAGGACUUGUGCACGUUUGCCUACAUCACCAAGGACCUGCAGACCAGCCACCACUACUGCCAUGUGUUCAGCACAGUAGACGUGAACUUGACCUAUGAAAUUAUACUGACCCUGGGCCAGGCGUUUGAGGUAGCCUAUCAGCUGGCUCUGCAGGCCCAGAGGACCAAACAGCACCACAACCUCCCAGCAGGACCUGGUUCAGAGGCCUCUGAAAUCAAGUCCAGCCGCCCUGUACCCAAACCACGAGGCAGCGUGCGCAAGUCAGCGGGGGACAUUGUGGACCAGGAGGGGGAUGCUCAGUCCCAGGGCAGCGCCACAUGGCUCGUGGACCCCAAGGAAUCCAAGCGCACUAUCAGCACUAAGCGACGGCCGCUCUGAGGCUUUUCACUCUGAUCUUUCACCUCCUGACUCCUCCGAGCGCUGAGAAAAUCUGAUUUACCACAGCCAAGAGUGACCCCACUGCACACAUCCUUGUACCUGGAUGGACACGUUUCCUGAGGGAACUGAGAAACUGGUCCUGUAAUUCUAUGCAUCAGUUGGACUUUAGCAGACUGUUUCUGUUCAGUGGGAUGCAGUGUUGUACAGGUUACACAGGGAUUAACUAAGGGGAAGUUUUUUCACUGUCAGCGGUCUACUCAAAGCCAAAGGAGUCUAAGAUCCUAGCACUGUGAUAAGGUCCAUUUGGAGCUAAUGAAGUAAGCAUUUUGGGGGAUUUUCUAGUGGGGGAGAGAGGGGGACAAAACAGGGCACAGAGGCUGAUAUGGACCCGCAUGUUAGAGGUCCUCGCUGCUCCAGAAAAUCGACAGUCCAAAGUAUCGUAUGACUGGCAUGCCCUUUGUUUAUCAAUCAGAGCAGCAGGAUUCAAACCUGACGCUUCUUCUGGAGUGAACUAACUAUAACUAAGCACUUUUACCAAAUCCCCAAGUGUGUAAGAAUAAGUGCGUCUUCCUCCGUCUUGUCUUUUUUCUUCUUUUCACGACAAAUGCCUUCUAUGUUCAUCCUGUCAGCAUUGCCUUUUGUUUUGCCAAUCAGACCAUGUUAAUAUUUCACUGUUGCCGCUAAAAAGAGUUAAUCAUUAUAAGGGGGAUAAUCCAUCACCAUCAUGCUGUGUGUGUCCAUUAGUUCUCAGUGUUAUUUUUACUUUAUUUUAACCACAGUGUUUUGUGUGUGUGUGUCUGUGUCCCUUCCCCAUAGCUGAACACUGUGGCCACUCCCAGCUAGUAAGAAAGGACAGGAAUGGGCCCUGUUGCAUGGUGGGUAGGAUGUUUUAUUGAAAAAGUGACCCACUUCCCCAUACAGCAGAUCACAUCAGCAGUUGGAUCGUGCUCGCAGCUCGCCACAGUAACACACGGGCCUGGAGACAAACAGACGUAAAACUUUCAACACUGCACGCUCCAUCGGUUCAUCCAACCUCACCGACUUCAUUGCUCCACAUACACACACACUGUGUUUAGCCUCCUGUCAAUCAGAAAGUGACGGUCGUCCCAGCCAGAUGUAUUUGUUAUGCUCUGUGUAUUUCCUGAGAAAUUAAUCUUUGGCUAUCACUCUGACAGGCCUUUUUUUUAUGAUACAAAGGUACAAACUAUCAGUAAGAGACCUCACACUGUAGGUACACACUCCUUCCUGGAAUUUUUUUCCUGUAUUAAAACAUUGUCGCAUCUUCUCAUGACUCGUCCACAACGUACAUGUGUAACUGUGAGAAACGGUCAUCUUGUAUAGGAGGAACUCAAAGAACCAAACUCAAAGGGCAGAGGAAGUGACACUACGAAGACUGUUUUAUAGUAACAUAACGGGGUGGCUUUUAAUUUGAUUUGGAGGUUUUGCCUCUGUUUUUCUUUUUUUUUUUUGUAAGUUUUAAUUGUUUUAUAGGGCAAUGACAUGUCCUAAUGCAGGAACUGGAUCAGGUGUGGUUCACUUCAGUUCUCUCUCUCCUUCCCUGCUUCUUUGUUCAGUUAAUCUAGACAAGAUUAUUCACCAAACCUGCCAUGCAGGCUGGUACGUCUUUAGAUUUUAGGUGCAGAACAGAACAAUAGGACACAGCAUGUCUCUCCUAGCUAACUCCCAGUAGGUUGACUGUUAAUGGUACUUUUUGGUCAGCUGAUGUGUAUAUGGGUACGUAGUCAGGUCGUUUUGGUUUAACUGUUGUAUAUGUGGUACGUUGUCAGGCCAGUACGAUAACUCUAUGGUACACUGUCUUCAGCUCGCUGGUGUCGGCACCUUUAGCCAUCACCCUGGUCCUGUUCUGCUUUUGCACAUUGCUAAGGAUCAGGAGAGAUAUUCUGGGACUAAUCUGAUGACAACAAUGAUGAGAAUGAUAUUGUACAUGAAUCUAGCUGUCUGUAUUUUGAUACUUGAAUGAUUUUUGCUUUUAUAGAUAUCUAUAUAUAUAUAUGUAUAUGUAUGUAUGUACGUAUGUAAUUUUUGACUUUGUCAAAAGAGAGAAAAGGACUAUGUCUUAUAAAGUUAAACAUAUCGUGAAUAAAUACCCUGUGAUUUAAAAAAAAAAAAAAAAAGGCUGAGAAAACAAUGACUCAGAAGAGGGACCUCACUUCAGAAAAAAAAGAUUGUAAAUAAUCUUGGGCUUCCAGUCUUUUUUAUGAUUAUUUUUCAUAAUUGUACAACUAAUAAAUGGCGCAAUUAGAAA